UCCAUAUCCUGGGAUUUAUACACUAAGUACCCAUAUUAUAUCAUCGUUCUAUUAUUAAAUUCUUCUCCAAAUCAAGAAAAGAAUUAAAACCAUGGCAUCCUCCUCAUCAUCAUCUGCUGUAACAGAAGAUCAUGUCAAAUAUUGUUUUAAAGUACUCAUAGCUUAUUUGAAAAAGGAAGAGCUACCUGAACCUCACUUUCCCAAUGAUAAAUAUCCUCUGUUUGUAACUUGGCACAAAAAAUCUCGGUACGACAAUUAUGAAUUAAGAGGCUGCAUUGGUAACUUCAAUCCAAUGCCCUUGCAUGAGGGAUUGAAGAAAUAUGCGUUGAUAAGUGCUUUACGAGAUACUCGUUUUUUACCCAUUACCUUAGCAGAAAUUCCUCAACUAAGCUGUGCGGUUUCAUUAUUGACAAACUUUGAAAAAGUCGAUGACUAUCUUGAUUGGCAAAUAGGCAAACAUGGUAUUUGGGUUGAAUUCAUCAAUCCCAGUACAGGCAUAAAAGAUACGGCAACCUAUUUACCAGAGGUGAUGGUUGAGCAGCAAUGGACAAAAGAAGAAGCUAUCAAGUCCGUCUUACGAAAAGGCGGUUAUCAUGGUACUUUCAGUCCAGAAUAUUGUAAGAAAUACGUUAAAGUAACAAGAUAUCAGUCAGAAAAGUUGGAAGCAUUUUACUCUGAGGGCGAGAUUAUCAUCAAGCAAUAAAAUUCGAAUCGAUAGCUCUUCCAGACACACAU